UCUCCCCCUCAAAACGUCAACAAUGGCCUCGAUCGCUCGCACCGCGCUCAACACGGGACUGCGCGCCGGCCGCGUCGGCGGCCCGUCGACUCUGCGCGCCGCCGCUCCCCGCGCCGCUGUGCCCUUCGUGCGCUCCAUUGUCUCUGGCACCGCGCGCCUCGACGCAGAGGUGCACGCCGGCGCGCCUCUGACGCAGACUAACCGUGCCGAGAUCACCCUGCGCCGUUUCUGGAAGAACGCCCACAUCAAGGAGGACGACGGAGGAUACCUCGUCACCCUCGACCACCGUAACCUCAAGACGCCGGGCGGCACCAAGCUCGUCGUGCCCGCCAACAGGAGGCUACUGGCGAUUCUCAUCGCCAACGAGUGGGAGAACCAGGAGCAGGUGCUCAAGCAGCACGCUCUGCCUCUGACAUCCCUCGCUUCUCGUGCCAUCGACGGCCUCUCUGACCCCCAGACCCGCGAGGCUGUCAUCGACUCAUUGCUGUCCUACCUCGAGACAGACACCAUUUGCUACCCCGACGAGGCCCCCGAAGCCCUUGUCCGCCUCCAAAAGGAGCACUGGGACCCGCUCUUCAAGUGGCUCAAGGACACGUACGGCGUGACGCUCAACCUCGCCGAGGGCUUCAGCCCCGCGCAGCAGGACCCUGCGACCAUCGAGAAGCUGCGCAGCGUCAUCGAGGGCUUUGACAUUUGGGAGCUGGCGGCGUUCGAGCGCGCCGUGUACGCGACCAAGAGCUUUGUCAUUGCUCUUGCGCUGGUGACUGGCCGCAUCUCGGCCAAUGAGGCGGCACAGGCCAGCCACGUCGAGGUCGCUUCGCAGAUUGAGCGAUGGGGAGAGGUUGAGGACACCCACGACGUCGAUCACCAGGACAUCCGCCGCGCGCUCGGCAGCGUGGCCACCCUCCUCGCCAAGGUGUAAUUGGUAGUAGAUGCAACAAAUAGACGCAUGCCUUGAGCUGGACGCGAAUCACUUCAGACUAGCUAGCGGAUCCGACGUCGCCUUUUGACCAUGAAACGGAGACUGCCAAUGAAACUGAACUGCCACAACCGAUCACCUAAGCCACCUUGUUGCGGCUGGCGUCCUCGCGAAUCUUGUACAGGUCACGGCCGUCGUUGAGCACGUCAAUGUCGACCUCGACCAGCCUGACGCCAACCUCGCUCUUGGGGAAUCCGCCAACACGGCCACGGAGCGGCGCCCACACGGCCGAGCCGCCCAUGAAGCCCUCCUCGGCGGGGCCUCCGGCGUUGCUCAGCACCCAGACGGUCUCAGUCUCAAACGAGCGCGCAUACGACAAAGCCGAGAGCACCGACGUCUCGUAGUCGUCUGGGUGGGGGUGGCGCGAGACGUGGGGCUCGCUGUCGGUGGCGGUCCAGUACGUUGGCGCGAACACGAUGCUGACGCCCUGGUCGACGAGCUUCUGGGCCGCAAGGGGGUGCGAGACGUCCCAGCCUGGGAUGAGCAUGCCGGCCUUGCCCCACUUGGUGUCAAACGCCUUGUUCUGCUUGCCACCAGGGGUGAGGUACAGGCGCUCGGGGUGCCAGAGGUUCUGCUUGACGUACUCGCCGACGACGUUUCCGUUCUCGUCGAUAAAGAAGGCCGUGUUGCUCAGCACGGGGCGCGCAUUGUCCUCGACCGUGGCGGGGUGCUGCUCGAGCCACUUGGCCCACUCGAGCUGCGCGGGCGUAAUCUUGCCCGGGUUGGUGUUGGCGUGCAGGUGCUCGAAUGGAGAUCCCGAGGGGAACGCGGCGUGGGAAAAGGCCGCCGACUCGGGGAGCACGCCGUGCACGAUCGUGCCGACAAUGCUGAUGUGGUGCUGCUUGGCCAGCGUCUGAAGGAACGACGUGAGGUGCGUCGAGGGGAACGUGAGGUACUGGGGAGAGUGUCAGCUUGUGCCAACAGGAGAGCUGUCGCCCGGGGGCUUCCUCCUCUUCCUCGCCUUCCUCAUCUUCCUCUCGCUCGACUCUCAGGUCGUCUGCUGCGCUAGCCGGUCUGCCCUCCCCACCUAUAGCGGCACGCCGGCGCCACAAGCAACAGCCCUGGCACCGGCCUGCUCGCCCUCCUCCUCAUCCGCCCGUUGCCACCCACCUGGCGUCCCUCGUUGACAAUGCCCUGCAAAAAGUACUCGGGGAAGCAGACGACGUCCGCGCCGAGCUUUGCGGCCUCGGCGACACGGGCCGACACAUCAAUCAGGUUCUGGUCGAGGGUAGGGAACGGGGUUGUUGUGUGCGGCUUUUCGAGCUUUGCCGGUCCCUCGUCUGCCGACUGGACAUAUGUCUGGGCGAUGGCAAUCUUGAUCGUGUUGGGCAUUGUGGUGGUGAUGUCGGUAUGGGUGGUUUGUUCUUUGUCACUUGCUCGUCGAGCCGCCCUUAUAUCUCGACUGUCGUCCCUGUCGUCCGUGUUACCGUCGGCUAGAUGUCCUCUCUCUUGCUGCGGGGCACAGGGCACAGCGAAGGGCGGGCGGCGGUUGAUGCGG